UGCUACUUACUCCCCAUAGCGUAUAUUUCGACAAGGUGGCAAUGCCAUAAAUCCGAUAUCCGGCAAUGUGAUUUCUGCCAUUUUUUAAAUUUUAUUAUUUCUGUACAAAAAGCUGCUUAAUUGCACGCAUUGGUUUUUUAAAUUUGUGUCCUGACUUUAAAAAAUGGGAAACUGGAAGCAACCCUUUAAAAUUGUGAGGCGGGAGAAUCUCAACAUACCGAAUGUCAUCUCCAACGGGUCAAUGGUGACGACCUAUGCCAGAAAUCGCUUCAACCAGGAGCCGACUGAGAUAAGGAUCGUGAUCAAGGCGCUGAUAGGAAACGGUGCCUUUGGCCGGGUCUACAAGGCCCAAUUACGCAACUCCGAGGAGACAGUGGCCCUCAAGCACUCCUACUACAAUGCCAGGUAUCAGCAGCGUGAGGUGGAGAUUAUGACGCAACUGGAGAACCACUGCAACAUUGUCAAGUUAAUUAUGUUUUCCUACAUCAUGAUGGGCAAUCCGCCAAGGAGUAGCAUCCUCCUGAUCAUGGAAUACAUGCCGAUGAAUAUGCUGGACUACAUCAAACGAUAUCGAAAUUUUCAGCAACCAAAGGAUGCCAUCAUUAAUAUUCGGAUUCUCACGUACCAGAUGUUCCGCGGACUAGGCUACCUUCACUCGCUGAAAAUCUGCCAUAGAGACAUCAAACCGGAAAACAUGGUGAUGGACAGCCAGAGCAUGCAGCUCAAAAUAGCUGAUUUUGGUAACGCAAAGAAUCUGGAGCCACAGAAGCGCAACUUGAGCUAUGUUGGUUCUCGCCAAUAUCGGGCACCGGAGUUGUAUGCCAAAUACGAUCUAUACGAUUGUUCCAUAGACAUCUGGAGUGCCGGCUGCGUCCUUGCCGAGCUGCUAAAGGGAUCUCCGCUCUUUCUGAGCAACCAUGAUGAGCUGGCGCAGUUGCAUCAUGUUGUAGACCUGCUGGGCACAGAGGGCUUGGAUAGCGCCCCAUAUGUUCGCUCAAAAUGUGAUGUUCUAGACCAUAGAGCCCGUCCCAGCUGGGAUCUUCUGCUGAAUGUACAAGUGCCGCGGGAUCUGUCGGAUCUGCUAAAUUCAUGUAUGGUCUAUGAUUUUACUGUCCGGAUCUUACCCAUGGUGGCAUGUGCACAUGUCGCCUUCGAUGAACUGCGCGUCAUGGACACCUUAGGCUGCCGUAUGCCAAAUGGCCAGAAGUUACCGCAACUGUUUAACUUUGACGACAAGGAGUUGGGAAAAGAUGAGAAGCUUCGGAUGGACCUGCUGCCCCUCCAUCUAUCUGAGAUGAAGCCAGAGCUCGAGAAGACGGAUGUAGCUGCCAAAGAAUAUGUGCAGACUUCAUGCUAAAUUUCAUUAUAAAACCUUUCAAAAAUAUGUAAUUUUUUAGGAGAGCAGUUUAACCGUAGGUGGAAUUACAUACAUUUUAAGCCA